AUGAGAAAAGCACCCGUAUUAUUGGUUGCUACACCCUUUCAAGCUCAGCGCGCUGUUUACUUCCGUAAAUUGGAAGAAUUAAGGUCAACAAAUUUCGUGAUUUACUUUCACGAUGAGACCUGGGUAAAUCGCAAUGAAGAAAUAACCAACGUCUGGUUUGAUGAAGCAGGUCAUGGACGAUUACGGAACGGUGAAGGAAAAGGUCAGAAAUUAGCUAUCAGUGGUUUGGUGAGCUUAAAUGGUUUUGAUCUAAGCACAUUGGAUAUAUUUAAAUGUCAUGAAGUUCACAGUAUGGACAGUGUGCAUUUCACAGCAGGGAUAGAAAGCGCUGCAAGCACACUACGCACAGAACAUGGUCGUGUAGCUAAAAUUGCUAUAAUUGUCGAUAAUGCAACUUGGCACAAUAAACUGACACCCGAAUGUGACGCACCUAAAAGAGCAUAG